AUGGAUUUUAUUAUCGAUACUGUCGGAGAUGAUGAUCUCCAAGUGAGAACAGAAUUAGUUGAUGAUGCGGAAAAACCAUAUUAUAGAGACCAUGAAGAAAGACAGGCAGCAAUUUUAUCUCUAUUCGACACAAAGAAGCAAGAAUUAGACACGAAACAUGCAGCGGAGGAAGAAAUUAAUAUGAAAUUAAAGAGCAUGAAGAUUGACAAUCUCUGUGAUGAAUUCUUCCAAGAAAUGGGAUGGUCACAGUCAAUUAUUAUUAAAAAAGAGAAAAAGAAAAGGUUAUUCCACUUUGACCAGCUGGAUUUGGAGACGGGUAAACUGAAGUCUAAUCUCGGUGGUGUAGAUGUUGAGAAAGAGAUGAAGAGCAGUGUUCUGAAGCCAGGGUUUGAGAAAGACCAUGAAAUGCCCAGUUAUGACGUUAGCAAGAACAAACUGAAGGCUAUUAGAAGGAAGGAACGAGAGAAGAACAAGGGACCCGGAUGGUUUAACCUGCCAGCACCAGAAGUCACUGAGGAGCUGAAGAAUGACCUGCAAGUCCUGAAGAUGAGAUCAGCUCUAGACCCCAAACACUUCUACAAAAAGAAUGAUAUGGAAGUCCUGCCUAAGUACUUCCAGGUGGGUCGCAUCAUGGAUUCUGCACUAGACCAUGUCAACGAGAGGUUGACGAAAAAGCAGAGGAAGAGGACUAUGGUUGAUGAACUCCUAGCAGAUGCUGAGUUCCAGAAGUACAACAAGAAAAAAUACAAAGAAAUUGUUGAUGAUAAGAGAAAGACAGAGUAUAGAACUUUCAUGAGAGAUAAGAGACAGAAGAAUAAAGCUGAACUAAAGAAUAAUAAGUUAAAAAGUAAGAAGAAAGCGUAG